AACCCAAACUUCUACAAGGCAUCCGGCAUUCAAUCAGCAACAACUCAAAGUUGUGUGUCAUUCUCGUGAUUUCGUGUGACAGUUCUCUAAUUUUCCGAUAAUAAUGGCCUUGAUUGAGCCCUUCGCCGGCCAUACCCCGAUGCAGGCCCAGCGGUUUUCUCCCUACUCGGAUAACGGAGGUACUAUUGUGGCCAUCGCUGGGGAAGACUUUGCUGUGAUCGGUUCAGACACUCGUCUGACUGUUGGCUAUUCUAUUAACACGCGUGAACAGAGUAAGCUCUUCCGGCUCUCUGACAAGACAGUUCUUGCGUCCUGCGGAUGUUGGUGCGAUGUCUUGACCCUGACCCGUGUCCUCAACGCUCGCUUGCAGAUGUACAACCAUGAGCAUCAGAAGGAAAUGAACACUCCCGCUGUUGCGCAGCUCCUUUCUACUAUGUUGUACUACAAGAGGUUCUUUCCUUACUAUGUGUCUAAUCUACUUGCUGGAUUAGAUGCUGAGGGCAAGGGUGCUGUGUAUCAUUAUGACCCGGUUGGUCAUUAUGAAAGGAAUCAGUAUUACGCGGGAGGCUCGUCUAGUGCGUUACUUCAGCCAUUCCUCGACAACCAGGUGGGCAAGAAGAACAUGAAUGGAGUCGUGCAAGAGCCUAUAACUCGGGAGAGAGCAGUUGCCAUUGUGAAAGAUGCCUUUAUAUCUGCUGCAGAGCGUGAAAUUCAUACUGGUGAUGCUAUCAUCAUCAACAUUAUUGACAAGACAGGAGUGAAGGAGGAAAGAUUUGCUCUACGUAAAGAUUAAAAUGUUUGUUUGGUGGGGUUACUUUCAAUUGGCAUUAAUAAAGAUUUUUACUUGUAA